UGGACCAAAUAUAACUCCAGAGCGUCCCGACCUCAGCAUCGCUAUUGAACCAACUCCUCGUGUGGCUUGUACCAAACAUUGUCUCAAGAGUAGGAAAUGAGAAGGAACAGAUAUUCUUUAUUUUGUACAUUUCAUAUAGACGUUUUUGAUUUUAAACAAGAAAAAGAUAUAUACAAAGUCUAUUCAUUGUUUUACAAACGGCUUCAUUCAUAAGUCAAUCGACUACUACAACUGGAGCAGAUUGUCAAAAACAGUACGUUCUCUGGAACCAUUCAUAAAAUCGAUCCGUUUUGUGUUGUUGUUACGUACACCCCAGAUAACAAAAUCUGUUUUAGUGUUUCAAAUAGUUGCACGCUGUAACUAUUGGUGUUUUAGGCUUGACAAGUUUUACUCAAAGAUAUCUUCACAACAAUGAGAAGAUUGCAUUUUUAAUAAAGGUAACAGACAUUUGAACUUCACUUCUAUAAGCGUUUGAGGUCCCCACAAUGAUGACCACAAUGUAUCAUUCCGCCAGAGGUCACUACUUCCACGAGCCACGAGGUAUGUACUCUACCAACAUGAACGUCAAGCAAGAGAUGUUUGAAGACAGCGCUGAGCUGCCAGUGGACAUGACUCUCACCAGACAUCAGAGCCACGGGGUCAGGCCAGGCUCGGACUUGAUAGACCAAGAGAGACCUUCAUAUUACGACCACUACAUGCUAGGAAUACCAGUCCAGGCUCAGACUGCAAACAGUGGAAUAAACGACAAAGCCCACGCCGUACCGAUAUCGCCUUCGCCCCAGAGCUCAGACUUUGAAGGUUUUCAAUUGAAAGGAAGCGAUGGGAAACUUGCAGUGCCAGCCAUUUUAACGAAAAGCUGCAGAGCCGCAGCUUUCAGAAAGAUCGAUCUUCUUGCGUCCAGCAUGCACCAACGAGCCAAGCGUGAGUUUGUCCCAGAUGAGAAGAAGGACGAGGGCUACUGGUCCAAGCGUCUGAAGAACAACGACUCUGCUCGCCGAUCGCGAGUGAAAAGAAAGGCAUUAGAGAAACUAAUGGAGAGUAGACUUUUGGAGCUCCAGAAAGAGAACAUUGAACUUAAACACGAGAUGGCGGCUCUUAAGAAACGUUUCGGACUCGAAGAUACUUCUGAUGACAAGUCUUCAGGAAAACUUCAGACGAUCUCAAGAAGCAGAGUUUUCCCAUCGUCUUCUUCCUUGGAUGACAUCCUGGACAAGGAGGAUGAGCUAGAUCUUCAAAGCACAGGAUCGGAAGACUCCAGAUCAAAUGAUGAUUCUCGAGUGUACAGCAUGGGCAGUGUCAAUUCCUUGAACCAGUCACUUGGCUUACAGGAAAGGUUUGGCGUAAGCUCUGCUACCAGCAGGUCAGUCUCUAGCACUGGGUCAUUAAUGUCAAGAUCGGAUUCCAGAAGCUCACACGUUAGUGUUGCUGAGCACGUCGCCCGCCAGGACCAAACUGGAGCAUUGGACCUCACCAGCGAGUCCGGAAGUCACUCUUCGUCUUCCCGAGAUUCGUCCUCACCUGAUUGGUGCAGCAAAGGCGAUAGAAACUGGGAUGUUUCCAGCAGUAACAACAAGUCGUUCCCGUUGAAAUGUCGCUGGAAGAAAGAGAUGCAUUCGGCGGCGUGUGUUGCUGAGCCACGCUAAGCCCACGACUCUGUACUUUCAAGAAACAAUCUUGUUCUAAUUUAUGUUACAUCAAGUGUUACGUAUUUUUAAAGUGCUUUUACAUUCAUGUGCUCUAGAACUGAAUCUAAAAAAGAAAAAGGAACUUUUUCAAGUCAGCUAGGAAUGUUAAACUUUUCCCUUGUGGCCUGCAAGAGAAAAAGGUUCACUGAUUCAAUCAUAGCAUGCCACAAAGACUUAAUUGGAAGAGUGCCACUUUGAAAACUGCAGCAAAAACAGAGUUUCCUGAAGCCUUGCGUUGUCUAUUGGUGGGAAAACAAGGAACUGAUUGAAAACACCCAACGUUCCACUCACUGCAUAAAAGAAAAGAAAAUUAGCUGUGCCUCAAAGUUCCCAUUCAAAUGAAGUGAUUCUGCAGAGACAUUCUGACCAACAUCUAUACCAGUAUCGGUAUUUUAAACCUUACCCUUGCCUGGUUUUCAGACUUCCUUAGGCCGACAGAGAUAUGCGGAGAUGUCCUCUAUUGACUACGAACUGUCGGAAGUUGAAAAGAAAAAAAAGAACUUUAAAACUAUCUAUUCUUCUAUUGUAUCAUCUAUUAUUGACUAUUAUACAUGUAUAUUGACGUACUCAAUGGAAGGCAUUUUGCUGAACGCUUCUCGAGAAAUAAUAUCAUAAUGUGACAUUUUGUAUUAGAUUUUAAUUCAAAGGUUGUGAACUCAUUAUAAACUUUGAGAAUAUUUAACACAAUUUGAAAAACGUUAUUAAUAAUUUUACGGUCUUUUUUUACGUUUAGGCUUGCAUGUAGACUUAGUUGCAACAGACAGACACCAGAAUCUUAAUGCCAUGAGCAAGUUUUAACAUGUCUUUUUAUCAUUGGAAAAUCAAAAGUAAAAAGUUCACUGAGUGUUCCAGUAUUUUCUGGCGCAGAAUCUUCUGAUGUAAUCUUUAUUUUUAAUCACACACUCUCUAUCUCACUUUCUCUUAACCACAGUUAUCACCUCACAUGGCUCCCUCUCUCAGCACAGCAGUCACGAUCUCUGCCAUCUUUGGACUCCUUGUUUUCAUCAUUUCUUCCCACCUUGCUCCUAACAGCCGAUGACCAGGGACCAUCACCAGUUGAGCACUUGUCAUUCGGCACGUGACUAUUGUCACUGGUGACUCGCUUGUCACGUGUCCACCGUCUUGAACUAAACGUUGAGACAACAUUGUAACAUCAUUGACUCAAUUUCAUGAGAUGAACCUAAAAAAAACAAUGGAAAGGGGCGGAAGAGGACUCGUUUUGGUUCACAAAGCCAUACGCAUUAAUCUAGAAUCAUAUUUCCUGUGUCAGAAAUCUUUUAUUGUCAUAAUGUAAUAUUUAAAAAAAAAAUUAUUAUUUUCUUUAAAGAGAGGUAACCCAUAUAUAUUCAAGUAAGGGAAAGACAGAGAUGUUGUCUCUCUUUAUUCUUAGGAAAAUUAUUGCCAAUAUGGCUAAUUGGGAUUUAUUGUCACACAUAUUGAUUUAAUUUGAAGACCAAGCAAUGUGACUGGUGUAGAAAUUUACUCGCCUUUUUCUACCAGAACAUAGUACGGCCACUUCACUGUUCUAGCAAUGAUCACAAUAUUCCCUUUUAAUUGCGAAAGCAUUGACAUGCUUUUCAAUAUCAAAUCAAAAGUCUACAGUAAGACUUGAUUUAGAAGAUGAGAACAUUAUAACUUGGGCCUUCCCAUUUCUAAAUCUUCAUCCAACAACCACAAAAGCGAUACAGGCCAAUAGUUUGUUCCACUAUUCAAUACCAUGUUUCUCACUGUUCAGUGCUGUGUCUUACCAUUGUCUCGUGUGCCAAACUCUUGUCUUCGAGUAUAUAGUAUAUAUAUAUAUAUAUAUAUAUAUAUAUAUAUAUAUAUAUAUAUAUAUAUAUACAACAAUAAUAAUCAGAAUGCCAAAUCAUGUAAUAUCAACGUUUUUUUUAAAGGUUGAUCGAUACUUUAUACAUAAAUGCCAAUGUGAUAUAUAACCUAAACGUGUGUAUACAUUUGUUCUUAUUAUUGCUUUAUUAUGGAUUCAGAAGAGCUGAACUUGUGUAACACUGAAGCAGAAAGGAAAAAAAAAAAGAAAGGAAAGAAAAAAAAAAAGAAAUGAAAGAAAAAAAAGAAAGAAAAACAAAACAACUUACGUCUAUUAAUUGAUCACGUAGCGAAGUCCACUGUACUUUAUCCAAUGUAAAGGCUUCUGUCUUUUUACAUUUUAUUUUUUGCAGUAACAAGCAGCGAGUCACUACUCUAUUAGCUAUGAGAUUUGAACAGACUGCUAUAUUUGCAUUUUUCGGACAUUGAGCAGGAAAAAACUCAGGUUCACGUUUCUCUGUCCCAGAACACUUUCGUCCCUUGACUUUCAGUCUGUACUCCACAUCAGACCAUCCAUUUCAACCAAGCUUCAUGCAUUCGCUGUUUGUAUAUAGGUCAUGUGCUUAGGUUACUUGCUGUAUUAAUAGACAUACUUGAAAUGAUGGAAGAUAAAACUGUAAAAAUAUUGUCUUUCUAUUACAUUCCCAGAAACCUUUAUGACGUAACUGCGCUCCUUAAUUCCAGUUCCUUAAUGUCAGUUCGUCACUAUGUACACAACUCAACGAUGUAGUAUCAAUGUCAACUCGUAUUGCCUUGUAUGCUGGUCCAAGGGAGAGAAUGUCUUGUGUGUACACAAAUAUGUUGUGGUUGUUGUUUAAAUAUGUUGUGACUCAAUACAAAAAAAACAACUCAAUGGUAAACAAAGCAGGCACUCUUGGAAUGAUUCAUUGCCCCGAAUUAGUUUAAGUGAAACUUUCCUGCCAAACUCUCACCCUCUCUACCUCUACUUACAACAUUAACAACAAAAUUCGAUACAUUGAACAUGUUUUUGUGUUUAAACUGUUCUACCUCUAUCCAAAUAAUUCAAACUCUAUUUGUGUUGUUAUUGAACUGAGGACAAUCAUGUAUUCAUGUUUAUCUUUGUGUGUGGGAAACACUUCGUGAUUUAAACAUUCAAUAAAAUAUUCGCUUGUA